UGUGUGUGUGUGUGUGUGUGUGUGUGGCGACGUCCCGGCUCGGAAAGGUGCGGACGCAAAGUUGUCUCUCCCAAUGGGUGCGUGUGCCCCGUGGGUGCAGGCACUGUCCCAAGUGGUCUUUCAGGCGCACCCACUAUAUGUCAGAUCCCAACUUUUAGGUUGGAAGUUUGGAGCCUUCUUUCAACAAAAACUCCAGGAGACCUUUCUGAGAGACGAAAGACAAUGUUAUUCAGAAAUGGUUUGCAAACCAGGGAAACAGUCUCCGGGAUAAACCACAGGGGAGCUGGGGCAGAGUUUUGAAAGGCAAAAUCCACGAGAAGCUGACCUUUAAGGGGAUUGGCUGCCAAGGGGAGCAGAGCCAUAAGUAUACACUACAUAUUUUCUGAUUUAUUAGAGCAGCUGACUUCCUGGUUUCCGUUAAUUCGUGGUCAGCAGGUAGACGUAGGAGACAUGGCCAACGGGGGAAUCGUGAGACAUGGGCAGCGGGGGUACCACAAGACAGGGACCGUUACCUCGUUUCCCUUAGAGCUUGCAAAACAAACUUGUAAAACAAUUAUUAAACAGACAAUACAGGGAGUGCAGUUUGUCCUGUGGACAGAGUCAGAGUUCAAACUGCAAAAAGGUCCAGAUAUGUGGCCACAAAGUUAUGAUAUUAAAAUCCUCACUCUGUGCCUCCUGAGUCCCUUCUUUCCAUAAUGGGUGCUUAAUAAACGUGGGUGGAACUGACAAUGUAUCUAAGCUGCCAGCCACUCCAGUCCCUCCCCCUUUCUCAGAAAACGCCCCAGAUUGUCUCCUUUAGCUCCCUCCACAGGAGUGAUAGUGGCCUUCAUGCAGAAGGAAGCAGAGAGGAUCAGUACAAGACACGGGCAGGGUGGACUGUAAGGACCUAAUCUGGGCACUGGCCAGACUAAAACUACUUUGGGACAGUUAUUCUAUAGAUCACAUCCAGGACUAGAGAAAGGAAGGGACUGGUGACCAGGAGCCAGUCAGGAAUGGGCGGUGGUGGUGGUCGUCCUGAAAUAGGCUGUAUGGACCUCCCUUAUGACCAUGUCAGUGGUGGCGAAGGAUACAGGUGACAUGCAAAAGAAGAGUUAGAGGGACCUGGUGACUAACAAGAUUUGGGAGGAAAGAGAAUGAGGACUGCCCUUUUCUACAAGGAGAGCACACAGGAGGGCAUGGCUGCUGUGGGUCCGACUGCCGGAUACCAGGGAUCGGUGACGUUUGAGGAUGUGGCCGUGAUUUUCACAGAUGAAGAGUGGAGGCAUCUGGUCCCUGUUCAGAGGGACCUCUACAAGGAGGUGAUGCUGGAGAACUAUGAGAGCAUCGUCUCACUGGGGCUUCCAGUUCCUCAACCAGAUGUGAUUUUCCAAUUGAAGAGAGCAGAUGAGCCCUGGAUACUUGACCUUCAUGGAUCUGAGGACAGAUGUCUAUGGAGCAUUUCUCUAGACUGGGAGACUAAGCCUGAGAUCCAAGGAGCUUCAGAAAAAGAAGAAAAACCAGAAGUAACGUCAAGGGGGAAGCUUGGAAGAAAAGGUCCUCUGUGUCCUAAGUCUGAAGUUCAUGCACUGGAAGGUGGAUUGGAAACAGAGAAGGAAAGCCUUGUAGUGGAGACCUGCAAGAAAUCCCUCUCCCAGGAGGAAAGCUUGCAGCGAGGGUCAACCCCUCCCAAGAAAUUUCUCACUAAAGACAGAGAGCAGGAAUGCAGUGACUGUGGGAAGACGUUUUUUGACCACUCAUCUCUUACCCGCCAUCAGAGGACUCACACAGGACAGAAGCCCUAUGACUGUCGUGAGUGUGGAAAAGCUUUUUUCAACCGUUCGUCCCUAACUGUACAUCAGCGAAUUCACACUGGAGAGAAGCCCUUCAAAUGCAGUGAGUGUGGGAAAGCCUUCAGUCACAGGUGCAGUCUCAGCAGACACCUGAUGUCUCACACAGGGGAGAGCCCCUACGAAUGCAGCGCAUGUGGGAAAGCCUUUUUCGACCGUUCGUCCCUAACUGUACAUCAGCGAAUUCACACUGGAGAGAAGCCCUUCAAAUGCGGUGAGUGUGGGAAAGCCUUCUUUGACCGUUCGUCCCUCACUCGACACCAGAGGAUUCACACUGGAGAAAGUCCCUAUGAAUGCAGUCAGUGUGGGAAAGCCUUCAGCCAGAAAAGCAUUCUUACGCGACACCAGCUAAUCCACACUGGCAGGAAGCCUUAUGAAUGUAACGAGUGUGGGAAAGCCUUCUAUGGUGUCUCAUCACUGAAUCGACAUCAAAAAGCUCAUGCUGGAGAGCCUCGCUACCAGUGCGGUGAGUGUGGGAAAGCGUUCUUUGACCGCUCAUCGCUCACGCAGCAUCAGAAGAUCCACACUGGAGACAAGCCCUAUGAAUGCAACGAGUGUGGGAAAGCCUUUAGCCAGAGAAGCCGGCUUACGCGGCAUCAGAGGGUUCAUACAGGGGAGAAACCCUUUGAGUGCAGCGUGUGUGGGAAAGUUUUCAGUUCUAAGUCAUCAGUUAUUCAACACCAACGGCGUUAUGCCAAACAGGGAAUAGACUGAGUUGGGUAAAAGCUUUAGUCAAAGGACCUCUGUGAAAACUUAAAGUAGGUCUUCCCCAUUUAAAGACCUACUUUAAAAAAGUUUUAAAAAAUCCAUUCUACCUAUUCUGGCUGCUACUGUCCGUCCCUGCCUCUGCUAGCACAGUGUUUGAAUAAGAACUCUCUCCACCUGCUACAUUACAGACUGAUGCUGGAAAUCAGGGUGCAACUCUAAAGAGUCAACAUACUGCAGAAGUUUGUCAAAUGACACGGUAAAUGUUAGGAGGCUAUCCUCAGACACACCUCAUGUCUGGGGCCCCAGGCAUCACUGCACUUUAAAUAACUGGAGGCAACAACAGGAGGAGCGAGGCAAAAUUAUAUCAGAGCAGGACAGGUGUUUCCCAAAUAGUUCUUCGGAUAGGUUAGUUCCUGUCUCUCAGAGUGUUUUUGGGCACUGACCUUGUUCUUUUGUGUGCCAGCUUUUAGAUCUCUUAAUACUGUUACUGGUAAUAGCUAGCACUUAUUCUGUGCUUAUUAUGGAGUAAGCACUCAGAGUUCUGCAAGGAAUAGAUGAUUUGUCCUCUCAACGACCCGAUGAAGGAGGUACUGCAUUUUACAGAGAGCAAAUGAGGUUAGAGGGCUUACAUAACUUGCCCAAGGUGUAGCCAGGUCUCAAAUACACGUCUACCUUCAAAAUCUAUUCCCUUUACCAUUAUGCUGUAAGGUUUGUUUUAUAAUUUAUGUACAUGUAUAAUCUCAACUAGUUUGUAAGCACUUGGUGGCAUGACUUAUAUGUCUGUGUAUCUCACACAGUGCCUUGCAAAUAAUAGCUCAAUAAAUAUUUAUUUGAAUUAAUGACUUUUCUUCUUACCCAGUCUUCUGUAAUGAAAACACUUCUGGAUUUACAUCCUUUGUGUGAAUUCUCAAUCUAGCUUACACCUUUAUCAGCUCAGGCUCCUGUCACUGCAGUCCUCACGUUCUGAUUCGAAUUCUUCCCUCUUAGUCAUUGAAGACGGGAAUGCUCAGCUAUGGUGCCCUAACAAGUAAACUCCCAAAUAAAGAAAGCUUCAUCUCUCACAUGAAAUGUGAUGUGAGUCAGCCUGUCUUACUCCAUCCUCACCUAGAACUCACUGCCUCCAAGGUCAUCAUGGAAGAGAAGGUUGGAGGAUUUUGUGGGAUAUUUUUAAGGGCCAUCCGUCACUUCUGUCUACAACUCAUAACCAGAACCCAGCACCAAGAGGCCAGGAAAGUAUACAAGCACUUCAAUAUUCAGUUAACAUCAACAUCUUCUGUCACAGUUGCAUUUUGCAUAUUACUGUUAGGCCAGUCCUUCCAGAUGACUACUUCCUGUCCAUCCUUGCCUUACUCAGGACCCAAAUUGCUCAGUUAAUGAAAGCUCUGAAUAUUUAAGGUCUACCUUGAUGUGAUCCCACACUACUGAACUUUAAAUUCUGACUCCCAAAACUUCUCUGUGGGCCCAGCUCGAUAUUUGUAUUAAAGGUCAGACAUCAGGCAACUUUUGACUCCGGGCAUCUGCUUAAGUUGAAGCCCAGAAAGGGCUUGAUUCUGAAAGGCUGUCUGCAACCAGAUGGCCUUACACGGGGCCAAGUGGACCAAGAUGCAUUUCUCCCAGGAGUUACAGAUUCAAGAAGCUGCAUUGCCAAACAGACCCUCCCCACCCUACCAGCAUCCCUGUUGGUCUCAGCCCAAAUUCCUUUCAGCAGGUGAGAGGCAGGGAACACUUCAUGUGUGGACUUUUGGAGCAACUUGAAUAAAAACACAGAGUACAGAAUCUACUGGAGUGGGUAAUAUCUGGUGUUAUUUAAUGAUCUUAAGAGGAAAAUAAAAG